AUGGUCGAUUCGAGUCUCAUCAGUAGAACAGCAUUAAGGCCAGACAUCUAUGCGAUGUCGUUUGAGCGAGCAAAGGAGUAUGGAUUCGUCUCAUACUACAACCACACUGGAGACCACGCAAGGGACCUGCUUUCGAACAAUCUCACCUUCACAAGGGAAGAACUCUGGUGGCUCUUGACAAACCCCUUUUCGCUGCAAAAACACCUGAACGGCUGGGGAGGGCUUGGAUGGGAUGUUACUAUACUUCCACAAUUGCUUCCGUGUCUACUGUGGGCUGUUGCCUUUGUUUUUCUACGCAUCUUCUGUCAAGAACAACUUUCUGGGCUUGGCCUAUACUUACAGGUGGUGGUGCCAAAACGCCAUUAUAGGAAAUUAAGCGAUGGCACCUCAGAAACAUAUCUAAAUAAGGGUCAGCGCAUCAAACUAAAGAAGUUCCAAACCCAGGUAUGGCUCGCCUUGUUCUAUAUUCUUUCUACUGCUUUUGGCUAUUAUGUGCAAUGGGACAAACCCUGGUUUGGCUUCCCUGUUAAUGAGGCAAAUCGUAUCAGUCUUCUUACCCCACAUCCAUACAACCCGGAGCCUAAGUUAUUACAUUACUAUUGCUAUGGCCUUGGAUUUUACCUCUCAGAGAUCGUCUCGAUGUUUAUGGAGCAUGAUAUGAAACGUUCAGACUUCUUUGAAUAUUUGCUUCAUCAUAUCGUCACCAUCGCCUUGAUAGUGAUUUCACACUGCAGUUAUGAACAUCGCUUUGGUGCCUAUGUGCUUUUCAUCCACGAUGCCAGUGAUAUUAUGCUUGCCCUAAGUAAGUCUAUCAACUAUGUUGUAAACGCAGCCAUAUUACGACAACAGAAGGCAGCAACCCUUAAACCAAACGGCAUUAUUAUUACAGAACCCCCACGAUCUUUUCUCUACAAAAUUGUCUUUAAUGAGAACGUAAUGAUACUAUGUUUUAUUGCUUUUAUUGUUUGUUUUUUCUUUUUUCGACUGGUAUGUUUACCAUUUCUGGCAUUGGCAACACUUUUCCUUCAAGUAAAGAUCCGCAUUCUUACUGUAAGCAGUUGGUUUUUGGCGCUUCUUCUACAGGUGAUACUUCAAGGGCUACAUGUAUAUUGGUUUGCUCUGAUCGUGAAGUUGGCUGUAGGAGUAGUUACUGGAGGCCCACGCUGCGAUAUCCGCUCUGACGAUGAUGAAACAGAUGACGAGAAGUCUGGUAUCAGUGACGGUGAAAAACUUAAUGAUGAAAAAUAG